UAUGGCCGCAGCGGGAAGCACUGACCAAUAGCGGAGUCAAAGAAGUGGACGUGUUUCUAUUUAUUCUACUGUUGAAGGGCAGUCUGAGCUCUCCUGACGCAGUUCACCUUCCGCGCACAAACUUGUCGUCAUAACUAAAUCUGCAAGAUGUCAAAGGAUAUUCCGCGUGAGCCAGAGCAGCUUCGCAAGCUGUUCAUCGGAGGGUUGAGUUUUGAGACUACAGACGAGAGCCUGCGGGCCCAUUUCGAACAAUGGGGCAGUCUAACGGAUUGUGUGGUCAUGAGAGACUCCGGCAGCAAGAGAUCCAGGGGUUUCGGCUUUGUCACCUACUCAUCAGUACAGGAGGUUGAUGCUGCAAUGGAUGCCCGCCCUCACAAGGUGGAUGGAAGAGUGGUUGAACCUAAGCGUGCGGUCUCCAGAGAGGAUUCCAGUCGACCAGGCGCGCAUGUAACUGUGAAGAAAAUAUUUGUCGGCGGCAUUAAAGAUGACACAGAGGAAUCGCAUUUGCGCGAUUACUUCCAGGAGUUUGGAAAAAUUGAGGUCAUUGAAAUAAUGAAUGAUCGUGUCACUGGUAAGAAGAGGGGCUUUGCCUUUGUCACUUUUGAUGACCACGACUCCGUCGACAGGAUCGUCAUUCAGAAAUAUCACACAAUUAACUGCCACAACUGUGAAGUCAGAAAGGCCCUCCCACGACAAGAUAUGCAGUCAGGAAUGGGCAUGAGAGGAGGAUUUUCAGGUGGUCGGAGCAGCAGUGGCGGCGGAAGGCCUUAUGACUAUGACCGAGGUUACAAUCAGGGUGGCAGGGGCAGAUAUGGAGACAGCCAUUACAACUGCAAUGGAGGUGAUGGCGGCGGCGGUGGUGGUGGUGGUGGUGGCUAUGGAGGUGGUCCUGGUGGAUAUAACAACAAUGGAGGCAGCCGUAGUUAUAACCAGGGCUACAACCAGGGUGGUGGAGGAGGAGGAGGAGGUGGUGGCGGCGGAGGAGGAGGCUAUGGUGGAAAUGGCUAUGACAGCAACGGUUAUGGCAAUUGUGGCAGUGGUGGUGGAGGCGGUGGUGGAAACUACAAUAAUAUGGGCCACUACGAUUCCCAGUCUUCUAACUUUGGCCCAAUGAAGAACAACUUUGGCGGCGGUGGUGGUGGCAGCAGCAGCGGUGGUGGAGGCAGCAGGAGCUAUGGUGGCUAUGGAGGAAGCUCAAACAGCGGAUAUGGACGUCAAGGGCGAUUUUAAAGUGAAAAAGGGGUAAGUAUUUAAUGCCAACACCACCAGCUUUGUCACCAUUGCCACAGUCUUUGUAGUAGCAGGGAUUCGUUGUGCAGUGCUCAUACCAAAUUUAAAAAAAAUGGAUCUUAGGUCAUAUGAAGUCAGUGCACAGUUAACAAUGUUGUUCCGUAUUGUUCAACAGGACUGAGUACUUAGGAGAGGAAGUGACAGCAAGAGGAGAGGAAGUGACAGGGCAGCUGCAGGUUUACCUCCUAAAUCUGCUCAGCCAAACACUUGUGGCAGAUUACAGCUACUGCAAGAGAUGUACAAUAGCUAAAUUGUUGAGGGUUUUCAUUUAAGCGUUCUUGUGUUUUUUCAUCUGUUUCUGGAAAGCAAGCAUUCCAAUGAGGGUUUUAUGUAGAUUUUGUUUUGUCUUUAAUCUGGUUUUAUUUGUAACUGAAUCAACGUCAAGCUGAAUAAACAAAAAAAACAUUUCUUAAUAACUUA